AUGGAUCGACCUCUUCAAAGGAUUCACCUUGCCUAAGACAUGAUAAUUUCCAUGAUGGCAGAAAACGGGGAUAUUCAGGGACGGAUCUUUCAGAGCAGAAAACUGUCGGUCAUGAGUCUAUCCCUAGUUGGUAUCUUGCUAAGGAGCCAACAGCUAUAUACCUUACCAGCAGAGCCUUCUGUUCCUUUGGCUGUGACUGCUAACUUUCCUAGACCCACUGUUCAGGUGUUUGUUUAUGCUUACCAGUGGGGAACUUGUCUCCUGCCUCUUCCACAUCUGCAACUUGCCAUUCUUCUCCAGCUCAGAACUAACUCUAUUUGAUCAAGUCACCAUCUGUUUCCUCUUGAGGGUUCUUCCUUGGUACUUCUAAACUCAAAAAGCAUUCCAUUUUAUGUGUUUGUUCUUGCUAAUGUUCAGAGUCUAUGCGCAGAUUGGGUGUAACAUAUGCCGUUAAACAAAAUCUCACCCUCGGGCUAUCCGUUCUUUAAAUUCUCGAGGUUUCUGAUUUGUGAUGUCAACAGUGGUGCAUACUGACCAGUUACAGUAGUAGAGCCACACCGUGACAAACUUUAUUCAGAAUUAAAGAUGCCAUAUAGUGCUUUCUCUCAGAUACAAUAAGUUUGCAAUCAGCUUCAGAACUAUCAUUUGGUUACUGGCUUCACACUUUUGCACCAGACAGUUUGCAAUCGGCUUCAGAACUCUAAUGCACACUAAGCAUUUUGUUACUGGCUUCACACUUUUGCAUCAGACCGUUUUUUUUUUUUUGGUUCCAGUGCUAAUGGUUGGUUGUGUUGAGCUGCAUAUUCUUGUAAUCGCCAUUUUUUUGCCUGGUCUGUUCUCUUUAUGAUCCAAAGUUAAAAUCGCGUAUCUUACACUAAGGUUGCAACCAGCUUAGAACUACAAUGCACAUUAUAUGCUUGGUUGCUGGCAUCACACUUUUGUACCAGACCAUUGAUCACUUUUAUGCAUCUUAGUUCCAAUGGCAUAUUAUUGUAAUUGUACCUGGUCUGCUCUCUUUAUUAUAUCUUCUGAUCCAAAGUUAAAAUCACAUAUCUUACACUAAGGUUGCAAUCAGUUUCAGAACUCCAAUACACAUUCAAUACUUGGUUGCUGGCUUCACACUUUUGAACCAGAUCAAUGAUCUUACUAUUAUGCAUCUUAGUUCCAACACUAGUUGGUUGUAUUGAGCUUCAUAUUCUUGUAAUCGCCAUUCUUUUUUACCUGCUAUGUUCUCUUUAUUGUAUCUUCUGAUCUUAGUGGCCAAAGUUAAAAUCAGGUAUCUUACACUGCAGCCACAAAAACUGUCUGAUUCUAUUGCAUACUCUUUCUGGCACUUAUUUUAGAUGUACUAUUUCUUUUUAUGUUUUGAUGAUCUGUUUCUUUGUUACAUUCAUGUAUUAUAGCAUGUUGUCCUGCAAUAAACAUCUACAUGCAUAUUUAUUUACACAAUUCCAUAUCAACCUAUACUGUUGACUCAGAACACUCUACGAACAAAAACUCGUCCAUGCAGUGCUCAGUUUACUAGAAUGCAACUCCAUAUGCUUCUAUUGGCCCCCCUCCCUUCGUGCCCAUGGAAGUAGUCAUUUGGUUUUACAUUUCUAAUGUUUCUCCCGUUCUUCUGCAUGCAGGACAUUUGGUGUCAUAUACAUUCCCUACUGAUGUUGCGAGAUGCUGCCCGUGCUGCCUGCGUUUCUCAUGCCUUUCAGCGUUCGUGGAGAUGUUAUCCCAACCUCAUAUUUGAUAGUGAAACACUAAGCCCGCUGUGGGAUGAUAUGGAUUUCAGCAGCAGAGUUGAUCACAUUUUAAAAAAACACUCAGGCAUUGGUGUGAAGACAUUCGAGCUUGAUUUCUCCUCUUACUACCAGCCCGAGGCCUUUAAAUAUCUCGAUAGGUGGCUUCAGAUAGCAGUUACACCAGGCAUUGAAAAAGUAACCCUUGUGAUGCCUAAGAACGAGGCAGCAUGCAACUUCCCAUGCAGAGUUCUAUCUGACGGGAAUGGAAGCUCGAUCUGGCAUCUGCACCUUGUUGACUGUGCCUUCCAUCCUACAGUCAGCCUUGGUUGCUUGAGUAGCCUGACAGUGCUGCAUCUAGAUUGCGUGCAAAUUACAGGGGACGAGUUAGGGUGCCUUCUUUCCAUCUCUUUUGCUUUGGAGCGGCUGAAACUCAGGAGAUGCUCCGAGAUAACUUCCCUGAAGGUACCUGCCUGGCUGCAGCGGCUCAGCUGUAUGCAGGUGUUAGAAUGCCGUAGGCUGCGUAUAAUAAAGAUUGAAGCUCCAAAUAUUUGUAGUUUUCACUUUACUACAUUUGACCAAGUAGAGGUUUCACUUGGAGAGUCAUUGCGAUUGAAAAACCUAGAGAUGCUAUGCUGUCGCCUCCUCUGUUAUGCACGUGAAGAGCUGCCAUCCGUUGUGCCGAAUCUUGAAUCUCUUAGCAUAUGGUCACGAUCUGAGGUAGUAAAUACACCAGUGUUGUUGGCUCCUAGCAAGUUCCUCCACCUGAAAUAUUUGAAUAUUUGUAUUACUGAGGCGUACGAUUAUUUUUCUCUGGUAUCGUUUCUAGUUGCCGCUCCCUCCUUGGAGACAUUCAUACUGAGUGUACUGGUAUGGCCAGAAUGCAUCAAUGAAUUGCUUUCUGAAGAUCCCACGCAUCUUCGUCAGAUGUCAGGAUACCAGCAUGACAAGCUCCAGAGAGUGAAGAUCUCUAGGUUCUACUCUUCAAAGAGCUUGGUGGAGCUGACGUCCCAUAUUCUCGAGAAUUCACCAUCGCUCGAGUGCCUUACAUUAGACACCACCGAUGGUGUUUUUAGAUGUUCUGAGGGCAGAGCUGCCAGAUGCUUCUGCUUGGGUAGACCCACGGAAGCCCAUAAAGCGGUCUUGGUUAUCGGAAAAUAUUUUGAGGGAAAAAUUCCCUCUACAGUUAAGCUAAAUGUUGUGGAGUCUUGCAGCCGGUGCCAUGCUGUUGAACUUUAGAGCAUUGUUAAUAAUUAAUUUAUUAUCUAUCA